AGUUAAUAAAUAACAGAAUAGAACUGAAUGAGUACAGAGUAGCAUAUUCAUGUUUAUGAACAUUGACCCCAGAAUCAGCAGAUCAGACUGAGAUGAUUUCCCAUAUGAAACUCAAAAACAAACUCAUACCUUAAUAAAAAGCAAAACUGAUUUUCAUACUAUGGAGGAUUAAACCAUAUUAUUGUAUGAAACAACCAUUGUUAUUUGGAUAGAGUUUCAGUUUGAAGAUGAUAAUAAAGAGGGCAGCACUUGCUUGGAGGUAAUCUCAUAUGAAGGAUAGCACUGCAGGUAUUGAGUAAUAAAAGCAGCAGACGGGAACACUGCUUCUAGUUUCUCAGUUAUCAAUAUAUAAAAUGUCACAGCCACUCACAGCCAAACUUCCACAAUCCAUAGAUGAAUGUAAAAUUCUUAAGCCAAUCAAACUUGGUGGUUUAACAUUGAAAAAUCGGAUCAUACGAGCUGCAGCAUUUGGGGGCGCAAAUUUCGAUGAUCUUAUCAAGGUUCAUGUAGAAGUCGCGAGAGGUGGUGUUGCUAUGACAACAAUAGCAUAUGCAUCUGUCUCAUCUGAUGGCAGGAGCUUCGAGUCUCAGAUUCUUCUCUGUGAGGACCAGAGAGAGAAUCUUCAGCGCCUGUCUGAUGCUGUCCAUUCAGCAGGUGCUGCCAUCUCCAUACAAUUGACGCAUGCUGGAGGCUUUGCUGAUAGAAAGGUAACAGGGAGUCAGCAAGUGGCGCCAUCUUCAGUCUUUAAUCCUGCAGGUUUUGAUUGGCCAAGACAGAUGACAGAAGACGAUAUGGAUCGUGUAGCGCAAAACUUCUCAUCCUCAGCAAAAUUUGUGAAAGAAUCUGGUUUUGAUGCGGUAGAACUACAUGUAGGACAUGGUUACCUUCUCUCCCAGUUCUUGUCACCCCACAGCAACAGGCGCACUGAUACAUAUGGUGGCUCUAUUGACAACCGUUUGCGAUUUCCUGCCAGGGUUUACAAGGAUAUUCGAACUGUAGUAGGUGCAGAUUUUCCUAUACUUAUUAAAAUGAAUAUGGACGAUGGUUUCCAAGGGGGAAUAACAUUAGAUGAUGCAAAAAUAGUUGCAAAAACAUUUGAGUCACUUGGAGCCAACGCUCUUGUACUAAGUGGUGGUUUUGUAUCGAGGAAUGGAUUCUACAUGUUGAGAGGAACAACCCCGUUGAAGUCCCUCGCUUCUGCAAUGCCUGGGAUGGCAAAAAAACUUGCCGUAACUUUAUUCGGACGUUGGUUUGUACCUACGAUUCCAUUUGAAGAAGCAUUUUUUAGAGAGUCAGCCCGAGAGUUUCUUAAAUCCGUAGACAAUAUUCCUGUUUGUCUUUUAGGCGGCAUCACGAGUUUAUCAACCAUGGAAGGGGCAAUGAGUGAGGGGUUUUCAUUGGUUCAAAUGGCACGAGCUCUCAUUCAUGACCCCAACAUGGUAAAGAACAUUGAAGACGCAUUAUCACAUAAUAAAAACAUUGAAAUUAAGAGUGGUUGCACACACUGCAACGAGUGUGUCAUCGCAACACUUGACCCUAACAGAGGAAUCAAUUGCCCUAUCAGAGACAUUGAGAAUUUAAGAUAAAUUGUAGUUCAAGAAGAUGUGUUUAUGAAAAACAAUUUGAAGAGACCCUUUGAAAGACAAUGUCUUGAUUAUAAUAUAUAAUAUAAAAUCACUGUAAAAAGAAACAUGGGUAAAUGUAAAAUAAGAAAAUAAAAUUCAUAUUUUUUGAAAAUGAUCUCAACAAUAACAAGUUUCUCAAGUUUAAUAAUUCAUAUUUUCAUGGUUUUUCA